AUGGAUACCCUAUCUCCGAAUAACUGCUCCAAGUCGAGCUCCAGCGGCAGUUCCGCGGCCAGCUCCUCCAUGGAUCUAGGCAAGCAGCAGCAAAAGGAGCAGCUGCAUCGCCACCCGCGAUGCGGCCCCAAGAAGCUCUCCCGCUCCAGGAGCCUGCUGCAGUUGCUCAGCAAGCAUCUGGGCAAGCAUUUUCACCAUCAGCAUCAGAACGAAACGGUUUACAGCAGCCAGGACGAUAUUAGGAGCAGCUCCACGGACUCCUUCAGCCUGAGCUAUGAGCGCGGCAGCCACGAGUGCCCCAUCAAUGGGUCCUCGCUGGACUUGGAACACACUUCCAGGACCUCCAGUGCCUCGGCCUGCUCCAGGUACUCACCGGGCUUGGACUACUACGAUCAGCAGGCUCACAUCUACGUUGAGGCUGUGUAUAGGCCCGGCAGCGCCAUGGAGCAAAUGCAUCCCCAGCUGCAUUUCGAGGAGGAUAGCAGCGAGGGCGAGGGCGAGGGCAGCGGCAAUGAGGCAGAGGACGAGGUGGAACUGGGCACCGAUGAGAACGAAAACAGUAAGCCCCGGUCAGCGUCGGCAGCCUCCGCCUCAGCCAAAUCGUCCGGCCUGCAUCUCAGCCGGAUCUCCAUCUCCUCCUCGGUGAGCCGAAUGCUCCAGCACUUCUCCAGUCCCACGGCCAACCACGCCUCGAUGCGGUCCCUGUCAUGCAGCAGCACUCCGCUCCGGCAGCCCAAGAAGUCCCUGUCGCCGAACAACUCCAACAGCAGCAGCAGCAGCAGUCGCUCCGGCUCCAGCUCCAAGUCCUCUUCCGGCGGCGGUCCUGCGUCCAAGAAGGAGAAGAAGCAGCAGAGCAUCCUGCGACCGCCAGUGCAGUACGUGUCCCUGAAGGGCAUGUCAGGGCUCUACUCCCGAGUGCCCAGCUACGCGGUCUGCUACCCGUACACCCUGCAACACAUGUACUAG